AUGCAUCUAUACACUUCCCAUCUUCAACAGUGGGAAUACCUAGGUCGAUUCUUCAGGGUUCAACAACAGAUUUGUAAACAUCAAACGUAUACGAUUCUGGAUCUCGGCAUGAUUAUGGCGCUUUGGAUCCCGCAACGUGAACAUCAUUUAGAAAAACAGGAACUCUAUAAGAAAGUAUUUCCCAACUUCUACAUCCUUGGAUGGUAUUCAACAGGCGCCGAUGCAGAAGAAUCAGAUAUGCACAUACACAAAGCUUUGAUGGAUAUCAACGAAAGCCCUGUGUAUGUUCUUUUGAACCCUUUGAUCAAUCAUGCACAAAAGGAUCUUCUAGUAAAUAUCUAUGAAAGUGAGUUGCAUGUGAUUGAUGGGAUUUCACAACUUAUUUUUGUACGCUCCAGCUACACUAUAGAGACAGUAGAAACUGAAAGGAUAUAUGUUGACCAUGUUGCUCACCUCAAACCAUCUGACCUCGUUGAACUCCAACCUCCACUACUGUACGGUCUAUACAAUGUUAAGAACAUUGAAGGAGGCAACCUCCGCCAGCCAUCCCUCAGGUCUCAACAAGUUCCAAGGUUUGGUUUAGCUAUCUUUCUGAUCCCACUUCCCACGCAGCAAACCUCUACACAUGAACACCGCCCCCAAAGGGCUUAGUUGUCUUGUGGCGUGAUGCUCUUCACAGAUGAUUACAGAGGCUUUGAUUGGUGGUCAUUAGUUUUCACCAUCACCUCCUUGUUCAUUCCUAAAAUAAAGACCUUAGAACAAUUUUGAUUUUUAACAUGAAAAUUGGAUGACGUUCUUCUUGGAUUUGACACUCUCAAACCCUAUCUGGUGAGUUAAUGACAAUUCACUUCCCCAAAAAUUGAUGAUGUUCUUCUUGGAUUUGUUGGUCCUGUUUGAAUUUGUCUUCAGUAUUUGUUAGGAUUCAGAUAAAUAGUCCUAGUUACCAAAGGAGUGGUAGAAGUAGUCCUACAUUCUUGGUAUUGGUCAAGCACUGAAAUCCUAGUAUUUGUACCCUUGAAAGAUCCCUUCAUUCUCUUUGAGAUGAAGCAUUUUUUGACAGAUCCGGGGGAGAGUAGCUUUAGCCACCGAUUUAAUUUUUUAAAUGUUAAUCGUUACUGAAAGGAAACUGGUGGUCAGCAGUCCAUGGUUGUUGAACGUGAAUAACUCUAGAGUUAGAAGAGGAAAAGAAAGCUCAAGCUGGAAGAGAUAAGAUGUUGCAAAUGCAAGUGUUGCAUUCUUCAUUUCAAUUGUUAGUUUGAAACACAGAGUAGAUUAGAUGAAUGCAAAUUUAUAUAUUGUGAGAAAUAGAAUUGUAUGACAUUAAAUUUUAUGCAAUGGAUUGUAUUUUUUGUAU